CGCCGCCUCCUCCUCCGGCCCAGAAAUAGAAAAGGUUUGGCAGUAGGAGCACUUCUAGUAGUGAGCGGGAGGACACAUCAGCAAUACAUUUUUGUUACACCUUCAAGCAGGCUCCACGCUCCGAGUCCGUGUGGUGAUUAGUAGGCGGAAGAAAUCUUCUGUUUGCUCAGCAUCAGCAACGUCUGGAAGCCAAAAGAGGAUAUUGUUUAGCCCUAAACAGCUUGGCUUAACAGCAAGCCAGAGUUUGGUAAAUACUGAAGUUCAGACAUAUUCCGUGACAUUUAUAACAAAGUACCCACUUAAGGGCUUAAUUACGUUUGGUAGCCACCAAGUUAGCUUGACACAUUUCAACCCUUAGAGAUUUGAGGGAAUGGCAUUGGACUUCGCUGCUGGCUGCAUAGGAGGUGCUGCUGGUGUUUUGGUCGGACAUCCAUUUGACACUGUAAAGAUGAGAGAAAUAAACAACCUCUCCAUGGAUAUGUGACCUAGUGAGGCUUCAAGUUCAAAAUGUGGACAAACCUCUGUACCGAGGGACAUAUCACUGUUUCCAGUCAAUCAUACGCCAGGAGUCGAUGCUCGGCUUGUACAAAGGCAUCGGCUCUCCAAUGAUGGGCCUGACCUUCAUCAAUGCCAUAGUUUUUGGUGUCCAGGGCAACGCCAUGCGCAAGCUUGGCCGCGACACACCUCUCAACCAGUUCCUGGCUGGAGCCUCUGCUGGAACCAUUCAGUGUGUCAUUUGCUGCCCAAUGGAGCUGGCGAAGACACGCAUGCAGAUGCAAGGGACCGGAGAGAAGAAGUCUAAGAGGAAGCUGUAUAAGAACUCCCUGGACUGUCUGGUCAGAAUCUACAAAAAGGAAGGAAUCCGAGGGAUCAAUCGUGGCAUGGUGACCACCUUGAUGCGUGAGACACCUGGCUUCGGUGUGUACUUUCUCGCUUAUGACGUGUUGACACGUUCCCUGGGCUGUGAGCCAGAGGAUCCGUACAUGAUCCCCAAGCUGUUGUUUGCUGGUGGAAUGUCUGGCAUUGCCUCCUGGCUCUCCACCUACCCCGUGGAUGUCAUCAAGUCGCGUCUUCAAGCUGACGGGGUAGGCGGUGUGAACCAGUACAAUGGCAUUAUGGACUGUGUCAGACAGAGCUUAAAGAAAGAGGGCUGGAGGGUGUUUACACGUGGACUCACGUCCACUUUGCUCCGUGCAUUUCCAGUGAAUGCUACCACAUUUGCCACUGUGACUCUAUUUUUAUUGUAUAUGCGUGAGGGAGACGAGUGUAGCAUUCAGGAGUCUGAGCUGCAGUCUGUUCAGCUGCAGCCACAGACAACUAGCAUGUGAGCCAUUGUGCAGCAAUGAGCUACUACUACUACUACUACUACUACUACAGUCAUCAGCAAAUCUAGAUGAAAUUUGCAGUUUCAUGCCGGUCUAUGAUCUGUUAAGUGGUGUCAAUAGUGAGAAAGGUAAACUGAUCCUAGGUAAACCAAUUGAGCUUCAGCCAAGUGACCAUAUGUAUAUUUUAAGAUGAAGGCGGCACUUGUAAAUAUGUUAUGGUUUGUACUUGUUUUUUGUACACUUGAGUUUUAUGUAUUUUAGGAAACUUGACUGUUACAGUAAUGUACAGUGACAGUUAUAGAUGUUCCUAACAUUUGGAAUAAAAGAAUGUCUUUAAUGCUGUGUUCAGGUCACAAUGGGGUAUAUUAACUGUUCUCCACUAUUACACAUGCCUACACGUGGGGUAUUAUGUUAGUUGUUAAUUAUCAAAAAUAGUCUACAAAGUUUGCCAUGUUUGUAAACGAAUGCAUUGUUUUAAUUGUUCAGUUUUGCAAACUUGAAUUACUGAAAUGAAUAUGAUUUUAAGAUUCAAUGUUGUUUUUUUUACUUACUUACUUAUUCAAUGUUUUAAAUGUUAAGCGGUUGGCCAAUCCAUUGUGUUCUCUCCAGGUCAAGUCAUCCCCUGAUUAUUUACCUCCAUAUGUGAACACAGCAUUUCAGCAUCUUAACGUAAUGAUUACAAAUACAAAGAAAGCCUUAUACAUGUAAAUUCAUAUAGAUAUUGUUGUAUUACUUUUACUGAGGUUGUAUGUAGUUCAACUUUCCUAUGAGAAGUCAUACGAAUUUGUUUCAGGGUGUGAAUGCCGUCUGUUAAGUUUUAAAUAGUGAAAAUAGUUGUUAGCCCAUUGCAGUAUGACAGAAAUGGUUGCGAUACAGUCAGAUACUAAUCAUGUCAAAAUUAAAAAAAAAUUAAUUAUGACACAAUCAUUAUCUAAAACCAAAUCUUGUGCGGUUUUAAAAUCUUUUUUAUUCCGGAUCAUACAGUGUCCAAAGAAAGCACCUUAUGGUAUGUAUGAAGCACAUGUACAGUUAAAAAUAUUUUGGCUAUAAAUUUUUCACUUUACAAUAGAUUUUAUUUUUGUACUUCUCACUGUUGCAAGAUCCUGUUACAGUGUCGAGCAAAGCUGAUGGCUUGCUAAAAGUGGGCUUUUAAAUAAUCCAAAGUGUAUUUUUAAACCUUGUGCUCCUUGUUGGUAGAUGUGAUGCAAAAUGCUUAGCAGGCUCCACAUCCUCCACAAGGGGGAGUUGUGUAAUUGUCAGACCAGUUCUGUACCAUCUGUAUGCGCUGGCCUGCGCCACCUAGAGGCAGAGGAAAUAAUAGCUCCUGCACUUUUAAACCUUUCAGCUGCACAUUUUAUAUAGUUGCAUAUUUUGUAGCUGCUGUUUGUGUUAAAGAAAGUACAUCUCUAAACAUGUAUGCACUUGUAACAACAUGACAGUUUCAGGCAUGUGAUCAUCAAAGACACUAUUGUGUUAUUUUGUAGAGAAAUGUCACGUUAAGAGCUUACUAUUCUGCCAAAAAACAUAUUUGUAAGGCUUGCAUUUGAAGUUCACAUGUUCAGCACCAAAGAUAGAUCCAAGCUUUUUCACAAAAAUACAGAUUGUGCUGUCUCUAAAUCUGAACCUAAAAGGUUUUGUCAGUAAUCUUUGGCCAAACAAAAUGUGGUUAGGACCUCUCUGCUUCCCUCUCAAUAUUAACCAGGACAUUCAUUAUAUGACACAGUGUCACUCAGAGCAAAGUGACCUAUGUAUUUUAACCAUUUAACAGCUGCUCAAGUUCACAAAUGCUUUACGUUUUUGCAAGGUGAAAAUGGGAACUAUAACACGCCAACACUGAAAAUGCAUUCAUGCACAAAAAAUGCAUUUGGAAACUUACCUGCAGGUGACAAGUAUCAAAAUUGCUGGAGCCAUUACUGUCCCUGCGUGUAGAUCGCACACAUCUUCAUGUCUGCAGUUUUAAACUGCUGCUGCUGUUACUUUUCUUAUUAAUUUGGCAGAUGUUCAACUGGUCUGAAACAGCUUUUGGGGUUGUCCAAAGACAAUGUUGUACAUACUGUGAAUUUGGAGUUUUCAUGUCGUCCUUUAGUUAAAAUCCUGUAGUUUUCUGUUUCAAGACUUUAGUUCUCUACCCUGUCUAGGUUAGUCUGACCAGACCGGUGGAUGAUGCAUGAUUGUUAAUAUCUUUGUAAAAGGGCUGCUUUGACUGUCUAAUGCUGCUUCACGUUCUGUGCAUUUAAGUAUGUACAAUAUGUUGCACCAAAGCAGCAUGCACACUAUGUAGUUCGAGAGAAUGGUGAAAUAAAAGUCACAUUUUUUUCUCA